CCCAAACAUCGAGCGAUGGGCAAGCAUUCCCAAAAGUGAAAACUAAUAGUGCACGAAGAGCAAAUGGUGUUGAGGCUUCUGAGAUGGGGGAGUUCGAGGAUGCAUGGGAAGAUGAGAUCGAGAGCGAUGAGGAAGUCGUGGAGGGCAAGCAGGACGCUAAUGACGGGGAAGGGAUGGACGUAGAUGAGGUACUUCCACCAAUCGAGGAAUCCGAGGAGCAACAACCAGAACGCAAAGACGUUUACCUUCCGGGAAGGCAUGUCCUCGCCAAGGAUGAGAUUCUCGAACCAGAUGACUCAGUAUACGAAAUGCGACAUUCUUUAAACGUGGAUUGGCCGUGCCUUUCAUUCGAUGUCCUGCGCGAUAGCUUGGGCGAUGAGCGACAGCGAUACCCAGCAACUGCAUAUAUCGUCACGGGAACACAGGCGGACUACGCAAAAAAUAACGAGCUUCGAGUGUACAAAAUGUCUUCCUUACACCGAACGCAAAAGGAUGGUGACGAAUCCGACUCUGACGAAGACGACAAUAAUGACGACCUAGACGAGGAUGCUGUUCUCGAGCAUCGUUCUGUGCCGCACCUCGGUGGUGUAAACCGAAUACGCGCCCAACCUCUACCUCCUUCAACACCAUUACCUCCCGUAAAUUCUCCUUAUUAUGUUGCAUCGUGGGCGGAGACAGGGAAAGUGCACAUCUGGGACGUCCGGCCAUUAAUCGAAUCGCUCGACGUUCCUGGUUAUUCACUUGACAAAAAACGUUCAAACACGCCGGUGCACACCAUAAACUCUCAUGGCCGUGCCGAGGGGUUCGCACUAGAUUGGGCCGCCGACAGCGCCAACCCAGCAGCGUUACGCCUUCUCACCGGCGACGUUCACUCAAAAAUCUUCCUCACUACAACUACGCAAUCCGGUUUCGUUACACAGAACCAGCCUUUCACUUCACAUACAUCAAGUGUAGAAGACUUACAGUGGAGCCCCGCGGAACCGACUGUUUUCGCAUCUUGUUCCGCGGAUCAGAGCGUCCGAAUCUGGGAUAUCAGAAUGAAAGGGCGGAAGAACGCACUUGCUGUCACUCCAGCACAUGAGAACGACGUCAAUGUCAUCAGCUGGAACAGGAGCACAUCGUAUCUUCUACUUUCUGGCGGAGACGAAGGCGGAAUCAAAGUAUGGGAUUUACGGAACUUCUCCAAUUCCAAACCUACACCAUCCCCGGUAGCGUGCUUCAUGUGGCACAAAGCUCCUAUCACUUCGAUUGAGUGGCACCCGUCUGAAGACUCGAUCUUCGCAGCUUCUGGAGCAGACGACCAAGUCACGCUUUGGGAUCUAGCGGUUGAACAGGAUGAUGAUGAAGCAGGUGUGCCGAUGGAAGACGGGAGCCAAGACAAUGUACCGCCGCAAUUGCUGUUUGUUCACCAAGGCCAAAAAGACGUCAAGGAAGUCCAUUGGCACCCUCAGAUUCCUGGAGCCGUCAUCAGCACUGCUUAUGACGGGUUCAAUAUAUUUAAAACUAUAUCUGUAUAG